CUUGACAGGUAUGACUCUUUGACUGGUGUUCCUUCCUAUCAACGGGCUCUGGCUUUUGAAAAGGGAAGCAUUCUGUUCAACAUUGGAGCACUAUAUACGCAGAUUGGGGCACGGCAGGACCGGACCACUGAGGAAGGAAUUAAUCGUGCCAUCGAUGCCUUCCAAAAGGCAGCAGGUGCAUUGAACUACUUAAAAGAAAACUUCUUCAAUGCACCAAGCCUUGAUAUGAGCACUCCAUCCCUCAACAUGUUGGUCCGUCUGAUGAUUGCACAAGUACAGGAAUGCGUCUUUGAAAAAGUGGUUGUGGCGGGAGUUAAGGAUGAGUUCUUAACACAGUUACAGUGUGCACAGGAAGCUGCAAGGGUGGCAGAUGUAUACUCCUUGGUCUAUCAGACAAUGAUACAACCCCCAGUGAAAAACUAUGUUCCAUUCUCUUGGACAACCAUGGUUCAGGUGAAAUCCGAGUAUUUCAAGGCAAUUUCACACUAUUAUGCAGCAAUCGCACUCUGUGACCAUAUAAUGGGUCCUGACGAGGAGGAAAGUGAACAAGUAAAGGCCCUUCAGCAGCUUCAUGUGACGAUGCCUGAGGGUCCAUCAUUAAUCACAGUACUGAAAGAUAAAGAAGAGCGACGCAAAUUAGGGAAGGCUCAUUUGAAGAAAGCAAUAAUUAAACACGAAGAAGCAAUGAGGAUUCACAGUCUUUGUAGGAUUCUGAGGAAGAUGGAUAUCCUGCAAGAGGUGCUAGCUAUUGUCCACAAACGAUCACUGAAAAAGUACUCUGAAAUUGAUCGUGAGGAUGACUUUUUUGAUACUAUUGAAGCUCCAGAAAUUCAUCCAAAAACACAGCAGAAGCCAGAAAUUAAAACUCCAAACUUCUCCAAGGUGAAAGUCACUGAUAUUUUUCACAGAUUGGGGCCUUUGUCAAUUUUCUCUGCCAAGAACCGGUGGACACCAGCCAGACAUGUUCACCUAAAGAAAAGCGAAAAAGGAUUUGGAUUCACUCUACGUGGAGAUUCACCCGUCCUUAUUGCAGGUGUUGUUCCUGAUGGCUGUGCAGAUGAAGCUGGUCUCCGAGAAGGAGAUUACCUUGUGUCAGUGAAUGAACAAGAUUGCAAAUGGUCCAAGCACACUGAUGUAGUUCAGUUAUUGAAAAAUAUCAGUACAGAAGGUGUCAGUAUUGGGGUGAUAACCCUAACUACCUCUGAGCAACAGAACAAUCAGGCUGACAGAAAAUCACUUCUAGGUACAAUGUCAUCAACAAGCAUCUUCUCUGGGAAUGAUAAAGAGAACAGCAAGAAAAUUGCUGAUUCGAGCAAAGGUUCAGGUUUGCUGCUCACCUGGAACAAGAAGAAGAAUACAAACAAGGAUGGCAGCACUCACCGCUUACCUGUCAUUGCUGUAACGGACGAUGGAUCAUUCUAUUGAAGAGUUUUGUCACUCCUAAUUUAUGAGAAUUAUUCACCGCAAACAUACCCAUCUCAGCUAAGGACGCCGAAUUUUUUUUUUUUUUUUUAAAACGUUCAUCUCAUUUGAAGCCGUAUAAAUCAUGAACU